AUGAUUAUGAAGGGUUUGGAUGCAGCGACGGGAUCGCCACGAGCUCUACUCUUGUUCCGAAUCAAAGAGCUGUCUACGAUUAUGCAACACAUGGGAACUGUUCCUGCGUGCUUUGUAGCCUCCUCUCUCUUUUUAGAAUAUCACGAACAUAAACGCCAAGGUCUAAACGCACAAUAUCCAUUAGGCGGUGUCAUUCUUCAAGGACCCGUUUAUUCAGGACAGAAGAUCCUCCCAUGCGGUUGUUUGUUUAGCAAGAACGAUCCUUACGACAACGCCAGCGUGAUCACAAAGAUCGAAUGUCCCGUGUUUUUAAUCCAUGGAGAGCAAGAUACGAUGAUCGACGCUCGCUGGGUGCAGCAGCUGAACGACAUAACGUUGUCUCCGUACCCUCCAUGGUGGGUGAAGGAUGGCGGCCAUCUCAACAUUCUGUCGAAGUUCGAAGAAGAUUACAUUCGGCAAGUGAUGGAUUUUAUGAAGUACUGCGAUGGACACAACUUUUUGAUGUGUUCUGUUUGA